AUGGCCAGUCAUAUCAUUGGCAAUCGCAACAGCACCCCUGAAGCCUCGAAUUCAUCUCUCCGUCCUCCAUCCUCAUCGCGAAACCUCGGAUCGCACCAGCUGCGGGCGUCGGCAGACAUGUCCGGGUUUCCUUCGCCGCUGUCCGCCCGAAGCAUCCGCCCAUCAUCGGAAGUCUUUUUCAAUCAACAAACCCAAGGUCAGAAUGCGACAGAAGAUGCUUUGGACCGUGCCGCUCAGCAAUGGCUUGCGGAUAUUGAUCAGUACGAAAUUACACUGGAAGAAAUGGCAGCUGCCACACUUGAUCAGGACUUUAAGGAUGAACUCAGUGCCAUCGAGCAGUGGUUCCGUGUUCUGAGCGAAGCUGAGAGAACUGCAGCCCUAUAUGCCUUGCUGCAGCAGACUACUCAUCUGCAGAUCCGGUUUUUCAUCCAGGUUUUGCAGCAAAUGUCCCAGGGCCACCCGAUGUCCGGCCUGCUCUCCCCUGCCAACUUUGGCGAAAAGGAUGCUAUGUCCAGCCGUCUAAGCGAUGCCAUGUCAAAGCUUAACAUGGACACCUCCUCUCGGAACUCCCUCGGACGACCCCCGCCAUCCCCUGGUGCGAAGCGCAACUCCGUCCUCGACCCUUCUACUAUAAAUGCAAUGUUCCCGGAUGCUGCUGCGGCCAUUGCGAAGAAGAAGGCUGAAUUUACCCAGCAAACUGGGAACGCACCUCCGUCAAACCGCAAUAGCGCAGUUUUCGAUCGUGCCUCUUUCGUGGCCCCCACUAUCUCGGCGCCUGAUAACAAUUCGGACGGCCUGGGUCAACAGCCUGGCUCUCCAUGGGCUCAACGUGGUGUUUCGGACACGCAGCCUCCGAUCGCUCGGCCUAAGUCAUCCUCCGGACACCAGCCUAUGGGCCAGUUCAGCCAGCCUUCUGGCAUGCGCUCGCCUCUCCCCCAGACUGCCAAUAUUCCUGCUCCUGACAUUGAGCCUCCCCUGCUUUCGCCGUACAACGUCGGCAAUCACAGCUGGGCGUCUAUGACCAAUACCCCGAUGACUGCGACUUUCGGUCAACAAUCGCACCAGAACCCUAACACCCAUGCGGAUAUGGUGGCCAACGCCACGGCAAUGAAGCUGGCAGCUUUGUCGACAGUGAACAACCGCAUUGCUCUGGAUGACGCGCGCAAGUACCGCCGUGCUCGCUCGAAUGAUGGCCAGGGCAAGAACUCGCAUGGAAACCCGAUGCUCUCCCAGGGCUUGGCUAGCCCAGGCCUGGGUGGACAGCACUUGGUUGCCGGUCAGCUUCUGAAUACUCAGCAGCUGGCGGCUCUGCAGGCUCAGCAACAGGCAGCUAUGGCCGGUAGACGGUCUCGCCCAACAUCGCCCGGUAUUGCUAUGCACGGUGGUGGCUUGACCCCUAUGGGCUUCACCUCACCGCAGAACAAUGGGUUCCUGGCCGCAUACGAUCCCAAUAACCCUCUUAUGGGCAACGGGUUGGGUUCGUUGAACAUUGGACAGUUUGGUCUGGGUAGUGAAGGCUACCUGUCAGACCAUUCAGAGGUUACACGAGGCCGCUCUCCGCGGGGUCGCCGUGGCAGCUCGAAGCCGCCUGAGGACCCCACAGACCCGGCUCUUCUGAAGGAUAUCCCCAGCUGGCUGCGAUCCCUCAGGCUGCACAAGUACACCGACAACUUGAAGGACCUCCAGUGGACGGAACUGGUUGACCUGGAUGACAAAGCCCUGGAAGACCGCGGUGUCAAUGCCUUGGGUGCACGCAACAAAAUGCUAAAGGUCUUUGAGCAGGUCAAGGAGGCCCGUGUUGAUGGCAAAUUCGAAAAUCUGGUUUAA